CGCAACCCUCCCCCAUUCACUGGUCGCUUGUCCAAAUACCAUGUUUAUGCAUGCCAUUAAACUCUCACCCUGUGAUUGGAGUAUCCCUUGAUUGGUCAACACCAUUAGCCUAAAUACUCGUAGCACUCAGGUGCGGUGACUUGCCUUGGAUUGUCCAGCGGAGACAACUCGUUCCCUAUCGUUCCCUAUUGUUUACUGACACGUUGUCAACUUGCAUACACCGGGAUACUGAACAAUUGAAUACCGUAGUAAUUGUGAUCCGUCUUGUUUUGAUUUCGGGAUCUUUGGCUACGCGUUAUUCAACGUUCACGGUGGACGUUACAGUAUUCAAUUGGUCGAAGCUGGCACUAUUCAAUUGUCGGCGGAAGUAUUCAAUUUGGUUCUCGCUUCGACGGAUUGCUUAAUUGGAUCCCUCGGUUUGCUGGUACUCGUAUCCGGAAGUGCCAAAUUGGUUCCUCUUCGCAAUGCCAGUCACCCGCGCAUCCACCCGGACAAAGGACUCAUCCAAAUCAAGGCAAGUCCCUCUUGAUGCUGUCUCUAACUCUGGCUCUCGGGUUAGCUCUAGAAAUUCAGUUAGCAGUACGCGCUCACAGCUCCUGCUUGCUGAGUUGAAAGAAAAGCAGCUCAAGGAGGAGCUAGAACUAGAAACUAGGGAGCAGGAACUUAGCAAACAGCGUAGAUUGUUGAAGGCUAGACAGGAGGUCGAAUUCGCCCAGCGUAGCGCCUUGCUGGAAGACGAACAAGGCGAUGUAGACCUACCCGCACUCCCUAUUUAUUCGUCAAACAGAGUUGACGAGUUUGUCACGGAAUGUGCUGCGGCGGCUGCGAAUCAACCAUCCGCCGGUUGUUAUGAUGAUUUGCCGAUUGACCCCCCCACUGCCACGUUGGGAAACGCUAUAGCGUCCGCUCUCGUCCCACUUAUUGCGGAAGCUGGUCUCCCCAAAGUAGAGCUGGCUUAUUUCGAUGGGCACCCAGCUGACUACUGGAGGUUCGUCAAGCAGUUUGAGUUCUAUGUGGAGAGCAAGGUGGUAGAUGACGGAAGACGUCUGCUCUACCUCAUUCAUUACUGUAAGGGACGAGCUAGACUGGCUAUUGGCAACUGCGUAAUGCUGCCGCCCGGUCAGGGUUAUGAAAGAGCUCGACGUAUCCUUCGCGACCUCUUCGGGCAAGCACACUACAUUGCUAGGGCAUCGAUAGAAGGCCUACUUCAAGGCGCGAAGUCCAUUCCCAACAACGCAGAUGCCCUGUCGGAAUUGGCCAUUAAGAUGGAGAACUGCCACAUCACAUUGAAACAAAUGAACUAUGAGGCAGAUGUAGACUCCUCCACCACCCUAGAAGAGAUAGUCCGUGCCCUACCGAAGCCCCUGCAGUACAAAUGGGCCGAAAUCGUCGAUCAGCUAACACUUAGUGGUCAUGAGCCCAGUUUUCUGAACUUAACCACAUUUGUUUCAUCGCGGGCACGCAUAGCUCGCAGCCGGUUCGGACAGUUAGCCGAUCGAUCACCCCGUGGUGUCGAAACGACUGUUACGAGAGCUCCUCCAAGGAAAGAGUAUCCGGCGAUAAAUAGCCAUUACGCUGGUCAGAGAACUAAGUCGCCUGCCAGCCCCACCCACUCCUGCCCCGUUUGUUCGGACAACCACUUGGCCGCGGAGUGUGGAAUAUUUAGAGAACUGGACAUAUCGCAACGAUGGGAAAUGUUAAAAACCAAGAACCUCUGUUUCGGUUGCUUAAGACCGGGCCAUAUCGCCAAAAACUGCGGCAUUCGCCGAGCCUGCAAUGCCGCUGGUUGCCAAUCUCGUCAUCACAGCCUGCUCCAUGGUGGCGAAGUCCCCAAGUUAACUCACGCAGUAUCCACAGAUCAGGCUCGCUGCGGAGUCACAGACGCGGGCUCGCGUUGUGUCGCUCUUGGGGUGAUUCCGGUGACUGUGGUCGGUCCGUUCGGGUCGAUAGAAACCUAUGCACUUCUCGACAACGGUUCAGAUACAACACUGAUCACCCAGGAUCUCGUCGGCCGCCUCCGUUUGGAGCCACAGCCGUCGUCUUUGACGAUUAAGACGAUCAACGGAGACCGCAGUAUGGAUAGCUCCGUGGUCAAAUUCUACUUGCGUUCACUAAACGGGCUAGAAGAGAUUGAGGUAGAGCGCGCGUUCGCAGUGCCUAGUCUGCCUAUUCAAGCAUCCUGUCACGGAACACAAGCGGAGGCGCGCAAGUGGCCGCACCUGGCCGAUCUCGACUUCGAAGAGAUCCGCGACCCGCGGAUAUCAUUGCUGAUUGGUUGCGACAUUCCGGAGGCUCACUGGGUGUUAGACCAACGACUUGGUGGUUGCAAGGAACCGUACGCUAUCAAAACCUUGCUGGGCUGGAUUGUGUUGGGCCCUCUGGGAUCUGCGAUGCGUCGUGUUGCAUCCGUUAACGGCAUCUGGGCGGCGGACAUACCCAUCGCUGACCAAAUUCAAAUGCUGUACAACGCUGAAUUUUCAGACUUUGAUGCUCUUGAACUAUCCAUGUCAUGUGAGGAUUCAGCGGUAGUUGCUAAGACCGAGGCGGGGACGCGCUUGGUACAUGGACACUACGUUGUUCCUCUCCCUUGGCGAGACGGUAGCGAAGUUCUAUCUAGUAACAGGGUCAUGGCCGAAAAAAGACUAGCGUACCUUAAACGUCGUCUACUGCGAGAUGGCGGACUUUUCUCCAAAUACACACAGUCAAUAAACUCGAUGCUGGAUAAGGGUUAUGCGGUUAGAGCUCCGGCGAAGACCGGACCUCGGUGCUGGUACCUACCUCAUCACGCGAUAGUUAACCCCAAGAAACCGGAGAAACUUAGAGUGGUUUUGGAUUGUGCGGCGAAAUUUCGAGGUCGGUCCCUAAAUGACCAACUCUGCCAGGGCCCCGACGUCACUGCGAACCUGACCAAAGUACUUACUCGGUUUCGGAAGAAUUUAGUGGCGUUAGCAGCAGACGUGGAAGAAAUGUACAUGCAGGUAAAGGUGCCGGAGGACGACCAAGGAGCACUGCGGUUUCUGUGGUGGCCAAAAGGCGACCUGUCUAGUGAACCUGUCGACUACCAGAUGACCGCCCACCCAUUCGGGGCGACGUCCUCGCCGUUUUGUGCCACUUAUGCCCUUCGCAAGACGGUGAGUGAUUUCGGUCAUUUAUACAACGCUACGGUAACGAAUGCAGUCACCAAUGGUUUCUACGUAGAUGACUGCCUGGUAUCAUUGAGUUCAGUAGAGGAAGCAGCGCAGUUUGCCCACGACAUAUGUGAACUGCUAGCCAAAGGGGGAUUCAGGCUGCGGAAAUGGAUCUCGAAUAAGACGAAGGCCCUAGAUUUGAUAUCCCCUACCGAGUGGGCACGAGCGCCUAAAGAACUCGUUGUUGGCUCACACUGCAAUGAUCGUACGCUUGGGCUCGAAUGGAACGCUGAGACAGAUCAGUUUUGGUUCCGAUUCAGCGUUCACAACUGCCUGGCAACCCGACGGAGCAUCCUGUCAACUAUAUCAUCGAUGUUCGAUCCCCUCGGAUUAGUGUGUCCUUUGCUUCUACCAGCCAAGGUGCUUCUACAGAAAUUGUGUAGAAGAGGACUGGGUUGGGAUGACCCUCUCCAGCCGUCAGACGAGCAAGAGUGGAAGCAAUGGAUUAAUCACACUUUGUCUAUUGGCCAACUAUCGGUUCCUCGUUGUGUGCUGCGGAGCAUAGAGACCUCUGAGCAACGCGCACAGCUGCACAUUUUCAGCGAUGCCUCUGAAAUUGGGUAUGGUGUGGUCGCAUAUUUACGGCACACCUCUGCGUUGGGUCAGCCUUAUUGCUCUCUCUUGCUCGCAAAAUCCAGAGUUGCUCCAUUGAAGGCAACAUCUAUACCCCGGUUAGAACUUGGAGCGGCAGUGUUGGCAGCGAAAGUUAAUCAGAUACUCGCAGAUAGUCUGAGUAUGAGUCCACGAGAUACACGGUAUUGGACCGACUCGCAAAUCGUGCUGCACUACAUCUAUAAUAAGUCGACAAGAUUCAGUACAUUUGUCGCUAACCGAAUUGCCGCCAUACAACAGCUGUCGGAACCGACGCAAUGGAACCACGUUCGGUCGAAGGAUAACGCAGCAGACUUGACCUCGAGGGGAACCCUGAAGUUAAGCGAAUGGAGAGCGUGGGUAGGAGGACCGGAUUUUCUCCUACAAACCGACUGCUCCUGGGUACACGGGUAUACCCCAACGGAAAGCAUGGCAAAUGUGGAAUUAAAAAAGCCAAGUAGUUCCAUAAAUGCUACAUCAACAAACCCCGCGAACCCACUGCUGACGUAUUUUUCGAGUUGGGCCAAAUUACUGAAGGCAGUAGCUUGGUUGGUUCGUUUCAAAUGCUGGUUACUAUCCCGUCACAAUGCGCAUCGGGUAUAUGCUAGAGGUCCGCUGUUAGUUUCCGAGAUAGAAGAUGCCAGGAAAGACAUCCUGCGCAUGGUGCAACGCGAGACGUUCAGCAACGAACUGACAAACCUUAAAGCGUGCAGCAAUCAAUCGACCCACCUUAGUCACGCAUGGAAAAAACGAAACCCAAUCCGUCGCCUGUACCCAACUCUGAUCGAGGGAAUUAUCUGCGUCGGAGGGCGGUUGAACUACACAGACUACGAGGAGAGUUUGAAGCACCCUGCUAUCCUUCCCAGUAGGCACCCAGUUGUCGAGGCGCUGGUGCGUCAUUUCCACGUCUCAGAAGGCCACGGUGGAGUGCAUCACGUGCUAAGUGCGAUCCGCACCAAGUACUGGAUACUGCAUGGGGCUAAAACAGUGAAGCGAGUGGUCGGAAGCUGCAUCCGCUGCUGGAAGCGCACAGCCACUCCGUGCCAGCAACAGAUGGCACCAUUACCCUGUACCAGGGCGGAAAUUGGUUGGUUUCCUUUCAAGAAUGUGGGUGUGGAUUACUUUGGCCCUAUUGUUGUAAAGCGAGGAAGGACUGUGGAAAAGCGCUUUGGGUGCAUAUUCAAUUGCCUGCAAACCAGGGCAGUGCACUUGGAAGCAGCCCACGACCUCUCGACUGAUGCAUUCAUUACGGCACUCAUCCGUUUCGUCGGCAGACGGGGCUGCCCAUCAGAAGUAUAUAGUGACAACGGAACGAAUUUCGUCGGGGCGGUUAGGGAAUUACUUGAUGGUGUUAAAAAAUGGGAUCAAAAACGGAUUGACGGAGAGCUAUGCCUUCGUGGUUUGCAAUGGCAUUUCAAUCCACCAUUUGCAAGUCACAGGGGCGGGGUGUGGGAAAGAAUUAUCCGCUCUGUAAGGAAAAUAUUGCACGGCGUAUGCAACGAGCAACGCCUUACUGAUGACUCCCUAGCCACUGUAUUCGUCGAGGUAGAACGGAUUCUAAACAAUCGUCCGCUAGUUCCACCCACCUCCGAUAGCCAAGAUGCUCCUCCAUUAACCCCGAACAGCCUACUUCUCAUACGAUGCGAAACCUUGCAGCUACCAGACAUCGACAUCAGAGACAGGUAUACUAAGCGCUGGAAGCAAGUAGCCCACGUAGCCACGGGAUUCUGGAAGAGAUGGUUAAAAGAAUACAUAACAACAUUACAAUCUCGACAGAAGUGGCAGCUUCCGACCAAGUCUGUAGAAAAAGACGAAUUAGUGUUGGUGGCUUCCGAGAAACUACCAAGGGGUUGUUGGCCGCUGGGUCGAGUCGUGAGUUGUGAAGCCAGCAAUGACGGUUUGGUAAGGACGGUGUACAUUAGAACCAACUCAGGUAUAGUAAAAAGAGAUGUCAGGAAGGUGUGCCGCCUGGAGGGCGAUGAAUAGCAGCGCUUAAGUCUGGCUUGGAGUGCAGGGUGGUAGUCAUGGAAAACGGCUUUCACCCAAGCGCUUCGAUGCCCACAGACGCCCACGAACGGCGCUUGGUGGGAGUCAUGGAAAACGGCUCCUGCCAAGACGAUCUUGUGUGGUUGUGUUGCUUUCCCUCCUGCUUUUCUAAGGAGCGCUAAUGUAGGCAGUUGUAGGACCGAGAGCCAGAGUAGAGUCGGGGACGUACGAGACGUCAAUCGCAGAAGAAUUUCGGAGGUAGUGUAACGAGCUUAUUUACCCGUGAAAUUCUUCUAAUCUUCGCUUCGUGGUCUAGUCUACAUAGGGCCGAUCGUUUAUGGAUAUCGACCAGCUUUCAUGUGCGCCUGCUUACAUUCCCAUUGUUAGCGUUGUAUGUGUGUCUGUGUGUGCAUGCGAAUCACCGGCACUGGUUCCGUGCGUGUGCGUCUACCGACGACCUUGGAUCUCCAACCCUACUCUUCGCCGAACAGGACACGUUCAGCCCGGACAUGUGUCGCAACCCUCCCCCAUUCACUGGUCGCUUGUCCAAAUACCAUGUUUAUGCAUGCCAUUAAACUCUCACCCUGUGAUUGGAGUAUCCCUUGAUUGGUCAACACCCUUAGCCUAAAUACUCGUAGCACUCAGGUGCGGUGACUUGCCUUGGAUUGUCCAGCGAAGACAACUCGUUCCCUAUCGUUCCCUAUUGUUUACUGACAUGUUGUCAAUUUGCAUACACCGGGAUACUGAACAAUUGAAGUAUGUCCCAAUUAUCAGCUGUAUAUAUUUUAAUAGUACCGUAGUAAUUGUG